GAAAUACGAGAGUAAUCGAACUUUUGUGACCCGGAAGUUAGAAAUGGCGUAGUUGGAAACAGGGAAUUCCGUUUAAAUUAAAGAAGAAAUUAUGUUAUUAAAAUCAGCUGGGCUAGAUUUUAUCCAUUAAGGUCGAUAAAAGUUUUGAAACAAGGGGUCAAUGGGUGCUGGUGUUGUAAAACCAGAUUUACAGAAUGGAAUUCAUAUUCAGAUUCAUACAGGUAGAAAUCCAGCCAGUAUGGGAUCACAUAAUUCAUCAGAACUGAAGUGCGAAGAAUGUACAUCUAAGUUCUCACAGAUUAGAAAACAGCUUCCAUGUAAGGAUUGUGAGAGGAAGUUUUGCUCAGUGUGCUACAACAGUGCAUUAAGACAGUGCAAGAAAUGCCAAAUUCUGCUGUCGGGCAAUUUUACUCGUCCACAGCUGAAACAAUGGAAACCAAAAGACUUGAAAGCAUUACUGCAUAAACAUGAUGUAAACACAACAAAAUGCCGGGAGAAGGAUGACCUUAUUGACCUCAUUUUCUCCUAUUUUGGUGCCACUAAUAGAGGGGAAAGCAACCCAGGAAGAACCUCAAGGAAUUCUUCAGAUGAGGCAAGACAACAAAGUCAAGGGGAGCAACAAUCAAAUGUGGCAGGUGCUAGUCAGUCAGGGUAUACACCAAAUAGAACAGAAACCAGUCAAACAGGAAGUGGUAAUGGUGAACCAUUCCAGAAUAAUGGAACACAGUCAGAUCAGACAGGAAAUGGAUUGAAUAACCAGUCGGGAACUGGUACACAGUCAGGGAUAAAUGACCAAUCAGAACCCAUGGAUACAAAUGAGAAAAAUGAGAGUGAUAUGUUACGUAUAAAAUUAGAAGAUGUAAAAUCAGAAGAACAUAUAGAACAGCUCAGUAUUAAGUGCCUCAAACGUCUACUGCUCAACAAUUUUGUCGACUAUAAGGGUUGCUGCGAGCGCUGGGAGCUCCAGGAACGAGUGAAGCGACUUUGGAAAGAUGAUCAGGCAAACAAACAGAAAGCUGAUCAGCAGAGAAAAGUGUCGGAUGACCCAUCACUUGCCACAAACAUGUCUUCUAACAGUGAGGAUGACUUGUGUAAAAUAUGCAUGGAUGCAGCUAUAGAUUGUGUCCUCCUGGAGUGUGGUCACAUGGUCACAUGUACACAAUGUGGCAAAAGACUGUCCGAAUGCCCUAUAUGUCGCCAGUACGUCGUACGUGCUGUGCACAUAUUCAAGGUUUAAUUUGUGUGACUUUCACAAAUUUAUUAAGUCACAUGAUGUGACAAUUUGACUAAUAAAGUGACAGGACAUUUUGUCUGAUUUUGGUUUACAUGACAAUGGUUGCAGUGUGAUAAAAACCAUAAUUGGCAGUCAUUCGAAUCAAGUGUGAUAUUUUUGUAUCAACAUUAUGAUGUUGGUGCUGAUGUUUUUGUUUGUGUAGUUACUUGAAUGUUUAAUCUUAAAACAGUUUUUUUGAACUUGUAAGUGCAUAGUUAAAGGCAUUCUUAACUUUGGGAAAUAAAGAAUUUUAGAACAUUGUUUUAUGAUGUUUAAAUAAUUGAUAAAGAGCAUGUUAAAUGUGUAUCAUGUGAGGAAAGUAGCAUUGCAUGUGACAUAGUUAUGUAGUGUUUUGUCUUUGAUACAAAAUAUUAAAUCACUAUAACUUUACCAAUGGGCAAAAAGAGAAAGAUGCUUUACAUAUGUUGUUAAGGAGUACCCAUUUUAUAACUCUUGAGGUAUGUUUUUAACAAAAAGCUUUUGAUGAAUUAAAAAUAAAAGCACAUUUGUUGCAUUAUGAGCCUUAAAUAUAUCAUUUGACUUAAUGCACAAGUCAUAUGGAAAUACAGCACCCACCACCCAAAGGCAAUAGCAAAGACAUUGACUUUGGAUUUUCAAAACCCUUGUUAAGGCUUUGCACUGCAGGAACAGAUAUAAAAUCCUCAAUAAAUGCCCCCUCCCCUACACUGUUAAUUGGACAUUUUGGCACCAAACAAAUCACCGCUUGACCCAACAGUGCAGCAAGAGAUGGAAAUUAGAAAUUGCUAAAUCAACUCCCCUUCUCCCCCACUCACACACUGGUACUGCUGACACAAAUCCCUGCACUGCCUUUGGGAUGGUAGAGGGACUGGUGUAACAGUAAACUAAUGCAUGAUAACUGUCGGUUUCAUUUUAUAAGUUUAUAUAAAGGAAAAUGUUGUUCAAAUUAUUGAUUUAUGCUUCCUUAUAGGUAAAAUGGAAGUUAUAUUUUUGUUUAUUUUGGCUAUGCACUUACCUGGGCAAAAUCAUGGUUAAUUAUUUGAAAGUGGCAUUCACUGUAUUUCUGUAUAUCAGUAAAUUCAGGACAAAAAUAGCUUUAAUUUACCAAAGGAAGGGACCAAAAUUUAUUUUGUAUCUAUAAAUAUUUGUUUUGUUUCUAUAAAUUUUGUAAAUUUAAUAUGUAAGUAAUUAUGAUUCAUUGUACCAAAACAGACCUGGGUUUGAUUUAAAAACUUUACACUGCUUUACAUAAUGUAUUUUUUUAAAAUUCUGUUUGUAUUCAAACCAUGUCUGUUAGAAAAGUGUAAACUAGAACAUGUCAUAGCUCCAUUGUGGCUUAAGCUGUAUACUUAUUUUAGAAAAUAUAACACGAAAAACAUGGUUAUUACCAAACGAAGGCUUAAUACAUGAAAUAAGGCUAAUUUUAUUAUAAUUAAAUUAUUAUUUUUGAUUACUUGAUUGUUUACUAGAUUGAUUUCUGUGUCGUUUUUGCAGUGUGAAACCUUUACUUCCAGGAUUAGGGAUAACUUUCAAGAAAUAUAAAAAACAAGUAAUCUUGAUGGGAAAUGAUGUCUCUGUUAAAACUAGUUAUUUGAAGAAAUAAACUUAAAACAGACAUUAAACAGUUGUCGACUGAGGUCAAAAAGCUUAAAGAUAUAAGUUUAAAAUUCUUACAUAGAUCAGGUGAAGGUAUUAAAAUUGGAAAAUCUGCAAAGGAUAAAAAAAGAAAUGUACUUAAAAUUAAAUAGAAUAUUGAUUUUUGUGCGAUUUUUAGCCCUGAUUUGAGCUACACAUUUCAUUUUUUGGUUAUACUGCACAUGGAGGAAUGAUCUGAAAAUUUGCAUACCAGUUAUUGAACCAGACUUACACAAAAUAGUGCAAAAAUAUCGGAAUUUUUUUUCCAGUCCUGUCAUGUCAAAAAAACCUUAGUGGAGUCCCUAAUAAGCUUUAUACGCCAAAGUAAAAUAAUUACCUUCCCUUUGUGUUAUAUACUUUUUUCCCCCUUUAAAUGGAGAUAAUCUGGAUUUGGCUAAUGUCAGGUUUUCCAAUAUAAUCCAAGGCUGCCAGCAAACUUUUUCAGUAACAACUUUGUUAGAUCACUUUAUUGUGAAUGGUUGAGCACAGUGAUACUUUAUAAGUUUGUUUGUAAACCAGGAAUUAGAUGGGAAAUGCCCACAUUUACCGAGUUCCAAAUAACAUUUGUAUGAGUGCCACUUCUAUAGAUCUGUUAUAUAUUGUACAUUGGUAUGUAAAUUUGUUAUUUAUAUAUUUUGAGACUCUUUUACAUGUUUUAAGAAAUAUAUGCAUAAUGUCAAACUAAUACCAUAAUGCUAACUUAACAUGGUAGUAUGCAAAUAUGUAUACAUUUGUAUAUAAGAUUAUUGUAUUAUAAAUGUGAUUCGUUUUGUGACAGUCUACAACUAUGCCAUAAGCCCCAAGACCAAAAAUAUUUCAAUGGGGUUAUUGAUUCUGUAAAAAGUACAAGCCUCAAAUUAAUUGUUUUCUGUAACUAUGCCUUUAAAAGAUUUUCACUCAAUAUUGUUAAUUCAGAAAACAAUGAUAUGGUAAGAAUGAUUUUGAAAAUAACUUUAAUUAAUUUCAACAAUUUGUUGGAGAAUUAUAUUGUUAAUAUUUGAAACAAAAUGUGUUAUUUUAAAAUAUCUGUUUUCGAUUUUCAACAUCAGCCCAUUUUAAAUAUCUUUAAAUAACUUCAUUUUGAAAUAAUUCAUACUUGAAUAGGUUUUUUUAAAGGCUCAUGUUGCACACUGUUAUGAACUGUAGAUAGUAGAUACUUGUUUUUAUUUCAUUAUUCAAGUAAUUUGCAUAUACUUUUGUUAAAAGGAACACCAAUUUUAUCAUAUAUUCAGGUUAAAUCAGGUACAUGUAUCUUAAUUCAUUAUUCAGCUUAGCCUUUUGGAGCCAAAAGUGGUCAGCCUUUUCCACCAAUAUAGAACCAGGUCUGCCUGCAGUCUGACCUGGUUUACUAUUUU